AUGGCUCCUUGCAACUCUGCAUCUCAACGACCAGCUGUUGCAAAGGGUAAUAAUCGCCUGCACUCUAUAAACAAUGAUUUCUGGAGGACAAUCAUCCAGGAUCCUCGUAACACCCUCCCUAGGACCUCGGGGGAACUUUUCCCCCCUAGGACUUCCGGAGGAUUCCCGAGGACGGCACCGUCCUCCGAGGAUCCUCCAAGGACCCUGGAUCCCCCAGGAUCCUCCGAGGACCCUGGAGAUUCCGAGGAUCCUCCAAGGACCCUCCGAGGAACCCUGGAGAACCUCCAAGGACCCCUGGACCCUUCCCCCGAGGAUCCUCCGAGGACCCUGGAGACUCCGAGGAUCUCCCGAGGACCCUCCGAGGACCCUGGAGAACCCUGGAAGACUCCCGGAGGAACACCCCCUACGAGGACCCCCAGAGGAAUCCACCCCCUGCGAAGACCCCCAGAGAACCACCUUAAAGACACCCCUCCCUCAAGACCCCGAGGAACCCCGUUUGAGGACCUCCCCGAAGGAAGCUCUUAUGGAAUCCCCAAGGCCCCCAAGGCCCCCCAGAGGAACACCGACCUGCCUCCAAGCACCCCAAGGAUACACCCCACUUCCCGGGCAGUCCCCCCGCCCCAACCCCCUCCCACCCAAAUAAAUCACGAGCUUCAGCAUCGCCGAUAG